AUGGCGGCCUUCGCACUGUCCGUUGCGAGCAGCACCGCACCACCGUGCCGCCUUGAGCUCUCCCGAAUCACCAACCAACUAUCCGGCCAACCUCGCUCCACGGCCACGCGUGCCACCCACUCCCUCGCCGCCGAAUACGACGGAUUCCGUCAAACGUCAACUUUCCCGUCAACCUCCACCGUAUCUCACGCCGACGCGUUCACUACCAACGUCACCCGUCAGCUCGCUCCCGCCUCGUCAUCCUCCGCUCAUCGCGCGACGGUAUCCGCCGUCUUCGACCGGUUCACGGAGCGCGCGAUUAAAUCCGUGAUGCUGGGUCAGCGCGAGGCGAAGGCGCUCGGGCGAAAGGAGGUGGCGACAGAGCAUCUCCUCCUGGGUCUUAUCAUGGAAGACCGCGCCAGCAGCGGCACCGCCAGCGCGAAGGGUUACCUCAACACCGGUGUAACCAUCGACGGCGCUCGCGAAGCCGUUCGCGAAAUGAUUCGCGACGGCACGCUUUCGCCAUCCGAGGGGUCGGAAAAGCCCGCGUCGGAGGUGCCGUUCUCGGCGGGGAGCAAGCGGGUGUUCGAGGCGGCUCUGGAAGAGUCUCGGAAGCUUCGGCACAAUUUCAUCGCGCCGGAGCAUCUGGUGAUGGCGGUGCUGAGCGUCGAGUUCGACGCCGCCGGGAAACUUCUUGAAAGGCUGGGCGUGACCAAGGAGCGCGUGCGUGCGGAGGCGGUGGCGCGGCUGAAGGGCGAGCUGGCGACGGAGGGGCGCUCCACCGACUCCAUCUCGCUCUCCGCCAAGCCCUCCGCCGCCUCCGCCAAAUCUUCCCCCGACCCCGCCAGGGCCGCCGCGCUCUCGUCGUCCUCCAGCUACAGCAAGAAGGGCUCCAAGAAGGAGAAGAGCGCGCUCGAGGAUUUCUGCAUGGAUCUGACCGUUAUGGCAAUGACGGGCGACAUCGAUCCGGUGAUCGGGCGCGACCACGAGGUGGCGCGCGUCGUGCAGAUCCUCGCGCGCCGCACCAAGAACAACCCGCUGCUGCUCGGCGAGCCGGGCGUCGGCAAGACCGCCAUCGCCGAGGGCCUCGCGCUGCGCAUCGCCGAGAACGACGUCCCGGUGUUCCUGCAGGGUAAGAGAGUGAUGGCGCUGGACAUGGGGCGGCUGAUCGCGGGCGCUAAGGAGCGCGGCGAGCUCGAGGCGCGCGUCACGGGGCUCGUCUCGGAGGCCACUAGCGCAGGCGACGUCAUCCUCUUUAUAGACGAAAUCCACACCGUUGUCGGGUCCGGCGCCGUGUCGCGCGGCCGCGGCGCGGGGGGAGGGGGAGGUGGCGGGCUGGACAUCGCGAACCUGCUCAAGCCGGCUCUCGCGCGUGGCCAGCUGCAGUGCAUGGGCGCGACCACCAUAGGCGAGUACCGCAAGCACGUGGAGAAGGACAAGGCGCUCGCGCGGCGCUUCCAGCCGGUGGACGUCGCAGAGCCGUCGCAGGACGACGCGCUGCUCAUCCUGCACGGCCUGCGCCGCCUCUACGAGCGCCACCACAAGUGCCACGUCAGCGACGACGCGCUCAUCGCGGCCGUCCAGCUGUCGGCGCGCUACAUCCCGGACCGCUUCCUGCCGGACAAGGCGAUCGACCUGGUGGACGAGGCCGCGAGCCGCGCCGUGAUUGACGGAUUCAGGCGGAACCGGCAGCGCGAGACGAGCGUGCUGCACCGCGGACCGGAGGAGUACUGGCGGGCGAUCAGAGCGGCUCAGGCGGCGAUCAAUGCGGUGGAGGAGGUGCAGUCGCCACUGGGGUCAGCAGGCGGCCCAUCAGCGUUCCUAUCAGACGAUCCUAAGCCCUCUGCUGCGCCUGCUGCCGCCCCUUCCUGGUCCCCUGCUGGCGAUGGCGAUAGACUAUCCAUAGGGCCAGAGGACAUAGCAGCGGUGGCGUCCCAGUGGACGGGCAUCCCCCUGCAGCAGCUGACAGCAGACGAGCAGCGCCACCUCACUGCUCUCGAGCCAGCGCUGCACUCGCGGGUGGUGGGGCAGCACGAGGCCGUCAGCGCCAUCGCCCGGGCCGUGAGGCGAGCCAGAGUGGGGCUCAAGGACCCCAAGCGGCCCACGGCGGCCAUGCUGUUCUGCGGGCCGACGGGAGUUGGCAAGACGGAGCUCAGCAAGGCGCUCGCGCAGCACUACUUUGGCUCGGAGGAAGCCAUGAUCCGCCUAGACAUGAGUGAGUACAUGGAGCGCCAUGCAGUCAGCAAGCUCAUCGGCGCGCCUCCAGGCUAUGUGGGGUUCGGGGAGGGCGGCAAGCUCACCGAGGCUGUGCGACGCCGCCCGUUCUCGCUGCUGCUGCUGGACGAGAUUGAGAAGGCGCACCCCGACGUCUUCAAUCUGCUGCUGCAGAUCUUUGAAGACGGCAGGCUGACGGACUCCCAGGGCCGGCACGUGUCGUUCAAGAACACGCUCAUCAUCAUGACCAGCAACGUCGGGUCACAGGCGAUCGCGCGUGGCGGCGGCAACAGAGUGGGGUUCCUGCUGCCAGGGGCGGACGAGGCAGACGGCGGGCGGUACGCGGGGCUGAAGUCGUUGGUGAUGGAUGAGCUGAAGAGCCACUUCCGCCCCGAGCUGCUCAACCGCAUCGACGAAGUCGUCGUGUUCCGAUCGCUGGAGAAGGACCAGGUGCGGGCAAUCGUGGACAUGAUGAUAAAGGAAACGUCUAUCCGCCUCUCAGAGAAGAACAUCCGACUGGAGGUCUCAGAGGCGCUCAUCCAGCGCAUCUGUGACGAGGGCUACGACCGAUCCUACGGCGCACGACCACUGCGCCGCGCCGUCACGCGAUUGGUGGAGGACCCGAUCAGCGAGGCGGUGCUGUCGGCCAAUAGCGGCGGAGGGCUGGUGGCGGGCGGCAGCGUGUCAGUGGUGGGGGGAGCGUUUGAGGAGGGUGAUACGGCUCUGGCUGAUAUCGGGCCCGACGGAGAGCCGUUUGUUAUGCGCAUUGCCAAGAACGAGUUGCUACGAAUGGGGAGGAACAGAUGGGGAGGAACAGAUGGGGAGAAACAGAGGUGGUCGCUUCCACCACCACAAUCGAACAGCGUUUUGAUUCCCUCUCUGCUACCCACCAUCCUCCCCCCAGCUCUCUCCCCGGCAUUUGCCCCCGUUCCCCCCAUCCUCUUCCCUGUUUCCUGUAUCCCCUGCCGUGCUUCCCCCCAUCCUAUCCCCUCUUACCCCGUAUCCCCUGCCCUGCUUCCCCCCAUCCCCUUCCCUGCUUCCCCCCAUCCCCUUCCCUACUUCCCCCCAUCCCCUUCCCUGCUUCCCCUCAUCCCCUUCCCUGCUUCCCCUCGUCCCCUCCCCUGCUUUCCCCCCUACCUCCUCCCUGCUUCCCCCAACCCUCCGUCCUGCUUCCCCCCUCCCUCCGCCCUGCUUCCCCCCUCCCUCCGUCCUGCUUCCCCCCUCCCUCCACCCUGCUUCCCCCCUCCCUCCGUCCUGCUUCCCCCCUCCCUCCACCCUGCUUCCCCCCUCCGCCCGCCUUGCUUCCCCCCUCCCUCCUCCCUGCUUCCCCCCUCCCUCCGUCCUGCUUCCCCCCUCCCUCCACCCUUCUUCCCCCCUCCCUCCGUCCUGCUUCCCCCCUCCCUCCACCCUGCUUCCCCCCUCCCUCCUCCCUGCUUCCCCCCUCCCUCCGUCCUGCUUCCCCUCUCCCUCCACCCUGCUUCCCCCCUCCGUCCGCCCUGCUUCCCCCCUCCCUUCGCCCUGCUUCCCCCCUCCCUCCGUCCUGCUUCCCCCCUCCCUCCACCCUGCUUCCCCCCUCCGUCCGCCCUGCUUCCCCCCUACCUCCUCCCUGCUUCCCCCAACCCUCCGUCCUGCUUCCCCCCUCCCUCCGUCCUGCUUCCCCCCUCCCUCCACCCUGCUUCCCCCCUCCGUCCGCCCUGCUUCCCCCCUCCCUCCGUCUUGCUUCCCCCCUCCCUCCGCCCUGCUUCCCCCCUCCUUCCGCCCUGCUUUCCCCCUCCCUCCUCCCUGCUUCCCACCACCCUUCGCCCUGCUUCUCAGCCCUCCUUCCCCCACCCUCUGCCCUGUUCCCCACCUGCCCUCCCCAUCCCUGCCUUUCCCUCCCUGCCCUGUCCUUCCCUUCCCCAUCCCUUAUCACCCUUCCCCUCCUUUUCAUGCCCUCCCCUUCCCCCUCACUCAUCACCUUCCGCCCUCUAG